AUGGCAUCUCAAUCCGUCCAACGGAUGACGCUUCUCUCGCAGGAGAUUGCCGCCAAGACCAAGAUUAUCACCGACCACCUUACUGCAAGGGGUCUGGAUGCUGCGUCGUUUGAUGUGAAUGGACUUGCCGAGUUUCCCAUUUCUCAGGAAGAUGAGGAGCCAUACAAGGCUCGGUUGGAGCUUAUAUCCCUGACUAAGGAGCUUCAUGAUAUUGCUCUGGGUCCUAAGGAAGGGUUGAGAUACUUGGCGUGGGAUUGUGUAGACACCCUCUCUCUCCAAUCAAUAUGGGAAUUCAAAAUCGCAGACGCCGUCCCCAUCGACGGCAAAAUCUCAUACGAAGACCUCGCAUCCAAAGUCAAAGAGCUCAACAACGGUCUUCAACUCUCAGUCCUCGAUCUCCGCCGCCUCAUCCGCCACGCCAUCACCAACCGUAUCUUCGUAGAGCCCGAAAAGGGCUUCGUGGCGCACUCCCGCACCUCGCGGCUCAUUCGCGAAGAUGCGCCCCUGCGCAGCUGGGUUGGCUUCAUCUGCAACGACCUGUGGCUGCCGGUGGCUCACGUCAUACCGGCGAUGAAGAAGUGGCCGGCGAGUGAGGAGUCGACCGAGACGGGGGUGAAUCUUGCGUAUAAGCAGGAUCUUCCGUGGUUUGACUUUAUUCAGCAGGAUCAGGUGUUCUCUAAGAGAUACAAUCUAGCUAUGCAGGCUCAUGGCAGUGGAGAGGGAUAUUCCAUGGAGUCUGUGGUUAAGGGAUAUCCUUGGGAAAAGCUUCCCCAAGAUAGCACAGUCGUCGAUAUGGGCGGCAACCAAGGCUACAUCUCCUUCGCCCUCGCCCAAGCCUUCCCCAACCUCUCCUUCAUAGUCCAAGACACCGCUGGCAUGCGCACCCCCGAAAUCAUCGGCAAGGUCCCCACAGACCUCCAACCCAGAGUCCAGCUCACCACCCACGACUUCUUCACACCACAGCCCGUCGUCGCCGCGGCUUACUUCUUCCGCAUGAUCUUCCACGGCUUCUCUGAUAAAUACUGCCUGCAGAUUCUCAGAGCGCUCAUCCCUUCGCUUAGGCGGGGCGCAAAGGUUAUUAUCAAUGAUGGAGCUCUUCCGGAGCCGGGCACGGCGGGGUACAUUGAGGAUAGGACAAUGAGGACGCUGGAUCUGUUUAUGCAAGUCACGGUGAAUGCGAGGGAGAGGGAGCCGGAUGACUGGAGGGAGCUGUUUAGACGAGCUGAUGAGCGGUUCAAGUUCAACGGUAUAUGGCAGCCGGAGAAGUCGAGGAUGUGGUUUAUCGAGGCCGAGUGGAUUGGAGAGUAG